GCUGUAUCAACUACCUCUUGCCCGAGGCGCGAAUAUCAAAGUAUUAGAACGUCCUUGGAUCCAGCCAAUGUCCGAGGCAAAAAUACCACUGCACAAACCAGAAACCGAUCAAACCAUGUGGGAGAAACUGCGUUCCCUCUUCAAGAAGAAACAUAGCGGGGAAGAACCUCCUCGCCGACCGAAAAAAAGACGGCCAUCGGACCCGUAUAGCGGCCUAAGUGAGGUGGCGGUCCCACCCCCGAUCCAGAACCGGGACGAGUCAGAGGUCUUCCUCCACCACACACUGGAAGAGAACCUCGAGCGAAGCUCUCGUGGCCAAGACAGUGAAGGUGAAGCUGCCAGUGGGGACAUUCUCGUCCGUCAUCACACUUUGGAUGAGAACAUCAGACUUGCCAGAAGCCUCUCUCUAGAGUUGCGACGGCAGUCGGAGGAGUUGAGGCGGCGUUCGAGCGAGUAUGAACGGAUCGCGAAUCAUCGGGAUAGCCACUCUCCCAGAAGCGUUCCUUCGCAUCAUCCGCCGAGAUAAGAUCAUCUGGCCGUAUAGCGGUAAAGUCGGUGAGCGCAGGAAUGGCGAAUUCAGGCCUUGGUGAUCUCAGUCGAUCAACUGAAACCAUGUGCUCUGCUGGCUGCUGAUACGGUUCGUCAUAUGCGGUCUGGGGGCAUGAUGAACAUGAUCUUCAAUGGCUUCAGAUCGGAAAUGAAGAUUUAUUCUGCGAAUGAUUCACACUGUGUUUUCAGAACCAAAAGAAACGACGUUACAUUAUCAUGACCUUGGAUUAUAGUUAUGCUCUACAUAACCUCUCCAGGACUUAAUAGGAUGGCGCUUGAGGAAUGUGUAUCGUGCUUUUGAAUCUCGCCUCUUUCCUACAUACUACAGCCUCAAGUCUUCCGCCGCC